AUGAGGUCAGGUGUGAGACUAUGGGACAUCAUCGUUCAGGACCUCUAUGGCGGCAAUGCCUUGGUGUUCCAGACACCUUCGGGUGGCAAAGUCGCGUUCACACCAGAUGACGAGACCUUUUUCAACACCACCCUCUCAGUGCUGAGAGAGGCACGGAUUGCAAGUCAGGUGAAUGAUUCACCAUGGUUGAACAUGGUUGAACCUAUUUCUUGA